AAGUUUUUAAAUUAUUUUCUGUUUUUUUUUUCUUCUAAUUUUAUUGCCAAGAUAACAAAAGUUUGAAUAAGGGAACAUUUUUUCCAAAGUUUCAGUACUUUUUUUAUCAUUAAUAUUUCCAAACAGAAUAUUUAAACUAUCCUAAUUUUAUGUAUGAUUCAUGUUACUUAUCUCUUUCAAUUCUCAGGAAGAGAAGUAUUAAUAUAUCUGUUUCCAAACCAAUUUUUCAUGUUUUGUCAUAAAUAUCAGACUCGAUAAUAACUGACAUCCAGUGUGUAGCUUUGUCAAAACGUGUUUGUAAGAAAAGAUAUACAAUCACAGGAUUGUUUUCAUCAGUAUAAGGAAAAGCCUUAUAAAAAAAAUUAUGAAGUUAGUGAUUUAAAAAAUUGCUCUCUGAUCUUCCUCAGAUACAUUUCUAUGUUCUGUGUGUACUGUUAACUUUAUAUUUGCUCUUAACAUAAGUGUAUAGAAAGUGCUAAAAUUAUGUUCACUGUUUCAUUAUUUUAUGUGCUUCUCUUUGUUAAUCAUACUUUGGUGUACUGGGCCCUUUUUGUGACCCAUACCAUCCCACCAGCACUGACAGUCAUGUAUGACCCAUGGGGAGGAGAGGGGGAUCAUAAUGGUUGCCCGAGGGGGCCUGUGUGCCAUGUCACAAAGGAGAAGCCUUGCUUUUAAACUUCAGCAAGAUGAAUGUCAAUACUGACAAAAGUCAGCAAACCCAGCCUUCGAGAAGUACACGUAAAGAACACCACAAUGUUGAAAUGGACAGAGUUUGGCGGCCUAUCUUUGAAAAGUAUGAUUCAGAUCACGAUGGGUGGAUACCGCUGGAUGAACUGAAAGUACUUCUUCAGUCUGACGCGUCCGAGAUCAGUAAUGAUUUUCCAGAAGGGGUUCUCGAUGAGAUUCUUGAAAGAGCUGAUUGGGAUAAUGAUCGAAUGCUAAGUUAUGAGGAGUUUCUCCGAAUGGUUCAUGCUAUGGAAUUGGGUUUGGCUAGACCAAAGUUCCAGAGGCUUGUUAGAAUUGUGGCGAUGACCGUAGUUCCAAAGUCAGAACGAGCCACCACAGUGAGAAAAUACUUGGAGCAGUAUAGCUGUAUGCCUCCUCCACUGUUCAUGAUUAUAGCCAGUCUAGGAGAGCUUGGUGUCUUUAUUUAUUACUGUGCAAAACUGAAAGAACUAAGUGCUGCCGGUCCUGUUCCCAUUCACAGUUCCCUCAUCUACAACCCUUAUCGUCGCAAAGAGGCCUGGAGGUUCAUCACUUACAUGCUUAUUCAUGCUGGGGCUGUUCACAUCUUUUUCAACAUCAUGAUUCAGUUGUUGCUGGGGAUUCCUCUGGAGAUGGUGCACAAGUGGUGGAGAGUGGGACUUCUGUAUUUCGCUGGUGGACUAGCGGGUGCGUAAUAUAACUUAAUACCUGUCACAUUUUACUGGUGCACAAGUGGUGGAGAGUGGGACUUCUGUAUUUCGCUGGUGGACUAGCGGGUGCAUAAUAUAACUUAACACCUAUCACAUUUUACUAGUGGACUAGUGGGUGUAUACCUUACAUACCUAAUUACGUAUUUCUCUGAUGGACUAGCAGAUGGGUACUCUUGAUGUAGCUCUUUGCAGAACAUAAAAUUAAUUGCUUAUGUUACAUACAUUAUAUU